GGUGUGCUUCCUGGCGUUUUUAAAUUGCAGCUGCUGACGGACUCACGGAGCUAUCAAAACAGUCGCAAGGAGGAGCGCAUGACUGGUGUUUGGGUGGGGCUGAAGAAAUGAGGACAAGCGAGUUUGACUCUUCAUCUGAAGAUGAGGUUGGAGACGAGGAUCUGACUCCUUUGCGUGUCUCUUGGUUGCCUCUGUCCAUAGUAGGAUGCCCGCAGUUUCUUGGAAUAUGUGCACUACCAGGUUGCAAAUACAAAGAAAUCCGCAGAUGUCUACAAAGAGAUGUCGAGGAGCUCCAGAACCAGGGGGUGCAGGAUGUGUUUGUUUUCUGCACAAGAGGAGAACUUAGCAAGUAUCGGGUUCCCUCCCUGCUGGAGGUCUACCAGCAGCUAGGUUUUAGGGUUCACCACAUGCCUUUCGUAGAUGGAGACACUCCUGAGCUGGAGCAGUGCUGCCAGAUCCUGGAGGAGCUGCAGGCCAGCCUCAAGAAUGACAGGAGGACCGUGAUCCACUGCUAUGGGGGCCUGGGACGCUCUGCAUUAAUUGCUGCCUGUCUGCUGCUUCAGCUCUCUUUCACAAUGACACCAAACAAAGCCAUCGAAAUCCUCAGGCAGCACAGAGGAGGAGGAGCAAUACAAACAGUGAGGCAAUACAACUUUCUUCACGAGUUUCGGGAAAAGUACACGGCCUACCGAGAAAGCGGCGAGGUUCCCUCAGAGCGCUCAGUGUCUCGGUGAUUACCGCUCUUUUCUACAGAGCUGAAAAACUUGAGCUACUCAGACUUGCUUGUUUGCCAGUGAUGCUUUUCUGAUUGUGUGGUGGUGUGAGUCUAUGCUUGAGAAAUGCACUUUAGAAUGAAAACUGUAAUAUAUUGCUUCUUAUCCUCAUAAAUAAAUAAAAAGACUUUAUGAGGAGAUAUUGCUUUUAUUAGUGACUGUUUCAUUUAUAUUACAAAUGAAAUUAAUGGUGUGUUAGAAAUGUUGUCAGCUAGGAAAUAUGUGUCUAUGCUGUGUUUUC